AUCGCUCUACGAUUCCGGCGUCGAGGUCAGCGUCUGCGCAUUGGGCGCCUGUCAGUGGCUUCCUGGGAGCUCGCAGCGCAGACCUGUUAAAUUAUGAAGGCUUUUGCAUUUUGAGACACUGCUCAACAAUGGAGGAAACAGACAGGGAAGCAGUUGCAACAGCUGUACAAAGAGUAGCUGGAAUGCUUCAGCGACCUGACCAGUUGGAUAAAGUGGAGCAGUACCGCAGGAGGGAAGCUCGUAAGAAAGCCUCAGUGGAAGCUCGACUAAAGGCAGCAAUCCAGUCACAGUUGGAUGGGGUACGAACUGGUUUAAGCCAACUGCAUAAUGCAUUGAAUGAUGUAAAGGACAUACAGCGAUCUUUGAUAGAUGUCAAUAAAGACUGGCGACAGAGUAUCAACACCAUAGAAAACCUCAAGGAUGUUAAGGAUGCUGUAGUCCAACAUAGUCAGCUGGCAGCUGCUGUAGAAAACCUCAAAAAUAUCUUCUCGGUGCCAGAGAUCGUUAGGGAGACUCAGGAUUUGACUGAGCAAGGGGAACUUCUGCAAGCCCAUCGAAAGCUGAUGGACUUAGAGUGUUCUCGUGAUGAUCUGAUGUAUGAGCAGUAUCGUAUGGAUAGCAAGAACACCCAUGACAUGAAUCUCAUCCAUGUGUACUUUGGGGAUAUGCAAAAACUCUCUGAGGAGCUUGCCAAACAACUCUGGAUGGUGGUUCAAAGAUCUCUAGUUACUGUUCGUCGAGACCCAACCUUGCUUGUCUCUGUUGUCAGGAUAAUUGAGAGGGAAGAGAAAAUAGACAGGCGCAUGCUAGACCGGAAAAAACAAACUGGGUUCAUUCCUCCUGGCAGGCCAAAGAAGUGGAAAGAAAAAAUGUUCAAUAUUUUGGACAGAACUGUAACUACCAGGAUUGAAGGCACUCAAGCAGAUACUAGAGAAUCUGACAAAAUGUGGCUUGUGCGCCAUCUGGAAAUCAUACGCAAAUAUGUCCUUGAUGAUCUGCUGGUGGCCAAAAAUCUAAUGGUUCAAUGUUUUCCCCCACAUUAUGACAUUUUCAAAAAAUUAUUGAGCAUGUACCACCAGGCUUUGUCCACACGCAUGCAGGAUCUCGCUUCAGAAGAUCUGGAAGCAAAUGAGAUUGUAAGCCUUUUAACUUGGGUUUUAAAUACAUAUAAAAG